AUGACGGAUGAAGAGCGUCGGGUGAUCAAUAUGCCCUUGCACGACAUUGAAAUCCAUAUCACCGGCAACACCUCUGUCCAGAAGUUCAUUGCCAGUAUUAUUCGUCGUCAGAGAUACUGUCUGGCCAUGCUCAUCCAGUCGCGUGGUCGUACGCCUGUUGCCUCUGUCAGCAAAUGCGCGACUACUUCCACUCCUCGUUUCUGCCAGUGCACUCGUAUUCCCACUUUCUAG